UCCACAUUACACCAUCCCGCGCUUAUUCAACGGACGCAUCCAGCGCCCCUCAGUGUACACCAAAUAAUAAGAGUGAAAGGCCACAUGUACGCUGUCACGAUGCCUCGAAACUAUAUACGAAAGACUGAAUCGAAAUACAAAAUUAAAGAUCUUCGCCAUGCAGUUGAAGAUGUUAGAAGUAAGAAGCUCACAUUAGGCCAAGCUGCUACCAAAUAUUCAAUACCAAAAUCAACAUUAUUCAAACAAUUAAAACAAAACAAAGUCAAAACACCAAAAAAAGGUCGAUCUGCUGCAUUUAAUAGAGAACAAGAAGACCAGCUAGAAAAAUAUAUACUUGAUUGCUGCAAGACUUUUUAUGGAAUAACACCAAGUUCAUUACGUAGAAUUGCUUUUCGAUUUACUGAAGCUAAUUCUUAAAAAAGCUGAAACACAAUUUUAACAAAGAAACCCAGCUG